AUGCCAGGAGACACCCGAACUUCGACCCCUCCAUCCUGCGUCAACGACGGGCCCCUAAUAGAAGCAGUUCGGGGACACAGCGAGUCCCCACAGCUCCUACUCAACCGCCGGAUCGAGCGUUUUCCAUCAACUCCAGCGACGGUACCCCUUCGGAAGUACUAUCCGAUUCUGCGCCGAGCCCGUGAGGAACAGUUACAGCGUAAAUAUCCUAGCGUAAUCUAG